AGCUGUGGGCGGGAUCAAGCGGAUGAAUGAGUGCAGAGCGCGCGCUCUCGGCGCCAAACAGAAACUUUCCUCUGCGCUUCAUCAGUGUUUAUUGCUUAAUUUCUUUAUCGUUCCUUUAUUAUUUUUGUUUCUUUAGCUUUCAUCAGUAUUUUAAUCCGCGCUACUGAAGGUUAUUUGAGUUUUACACUGAAAACCUGAGGCAUUAAAGCGCGAUUCCUGCGCGAGGAGAAGAAAGAGUUUAAGAUGGCAGAUGAUUCUGAUCAGAGAUCAGUGUUAAUGGAGAUCCCAGAACCACAGGCCAAAAUCACAGGACGUCUGAGAAGAUCUUACAUGGAUAUCUUGUGUUCCCGUCUGUCCGUCGGAGCGAGACGCAUGAGACGUGGACACGCAUUGGACGCAGGUUCAGGAAGACGCCGGACCGCAGACGGUUUGGACGCGAGCGAGACGUCCGUCUCCAAACAGCUGCUCAACAGUCUUCUGCUCGCCGAGCAGUCGGUUCAGAUGGCGUCGGUCUCGCUCACGACUGACCUCAAGCUCUUACUGGAGGAUCUGCAUCAGAAGAAGACCAGCGUCUACAGAUCCAUCCCAUACUCCCGCCUCGCCUCCAACCGAGACGCCCACUGCUACAGGAAAGCCCGUCCACACCUGAUGGCCUUCAAGCGCUCGUGUCAGGACGGAGGCCGUCUGCUGCUGCAGAAAGCUGAGUGGGAGAAGCUGCUGGAGUUCGUUCAGGCCGCGUGCCGCUACGCCAGUCAGCUCCCGCAGUGGGAGACCAGCACCCAUAAUGCACUGCGAGAGCACUGCUACGACACGCUAGCGGCGCUCUGUACCGCGGCGCUGCAGAAGCACAGACCCGCCGCGCGCAGAGCUCGAGAACUGAUGCGCAGGUUCAGAAUGGCUCCGGUGUCGAGGCGCGCGAUUGGCCCGUGUUUAGAGCAGCUGGAGAAGAUCCUGCAGGAACAUCAGAGCAGAGAACCACAAGCUCAGAUCCACCCGUGAGUCCUGCGUUCAGACGAGAGCGUCGCUGAUGAGUGACGACACUGAGAUCUCCACAUCUGAACACGUGACCCGCACGUGCCCCGCCCAUCAGGCCAUGUGACCCGCCCCUCUGAGCAUGUGACCCGCCCAUCAGGCCACGUGACCCGCCCCUCUGAGCAUGUGACCCGCCCCUCAGGCCACGUGACCCGCCCCCGGGCCACAUCCUCCUUACAAGAGUGAUGAAAGGACCCAGAAUUCCUUGCUGUAGCCGGACUGAUUACUUGAAUUCUUGUUUAUUUUGUGCUGUGUUGAGCAGGUGUAAAUAUGUUUGUGUGAACGUUUGUCUCGUCCGUCCGUGCUGCACUUUUAAAUGUCUCUAUCUGUUACAGUUUGUAAUAAA